AUGGCCACCUCCCCAACCACAGGUGGGUGCACUUUCAGUCGUGUGUCCACAACUACCGCCCACGAACGUCUCUUCGCCGAUGACUGUGUCCUCAACGCCAGUUCGGAAGGGAACAUGCAAAGGAAUAUGGAUCUCUUCUCUGCCGCCUGCGAGAACUUCGGUCUGAGCAUUAACACGGAGAAGACGGUUGUCAUGCACCAACCGCCGCCCAACACAGUCCACAAUGCGUCGCAAAUCAUUGUGGGCGGAACUCAACUACAAGUGGUGGACAUCUUCACGUAUCUGGGCUGCACCAAAAUCGACGAGGAAGUUGCCCGCCACGUUUCCAAAGCCAACCAAGCCUUCGGCCGGCUGCAGAACACCGUCUGGAACCGUCACGGUCUUCAUCUCAACACGAAACUGAAGAUGUUCAAGUCAGUCAUCAUGCCGACGCUGUUGUAUGGAGCAGAGACCUGGACGGUCUACAAGAAACAGGUGCGGAGACUCAAUCACUUACAACUCAGCAGUCUUUGA